AUGAUUUCUAGGCUUCCCCAGAGGAGCAUAACCUGGGAGGAUCUUGAAGUGUGGACAGCCACAACGCCCACCUACUGCUACGAGUGCGAGGGGCUCCUGUGGGGCAUUGCACGGCAGGGGAUGCACUGCACGGAGUGUGGGGUCAAAUGCCAGGAGAAGUGCCAAGACCUGCUCAACGCCGACUGUUUGCAGACCCUCUUCUUGCUGCCGGGAGCCCUUGCGUCCCCUUUCUCACGCCAGCCCUGCCUCUUCUCUGCAGACUGGCAGGUUUCACAGCAGCUCCAGCAGGCCUCCCGCGAUCGUGCGGCAGAGAGGGAGGUCCUGGCACAGAAGAUCCGCGCCAAGGAGCACCGGCUGGAGGAGGCCACGGGGGAACUCAGCUCCCACAGGCUGACCCUUCAGGGCUGUGAGGCGUCUGGAAACAGGAUGCAGGCGCGGCUGCAGGAGCUGGAGCAGGCGCUGAGCCGAGCCAACGACAGCCUGGCUCUCCUGCGGGAGGAGAAGAGCCGAUCGGAAGAGGAGUUGCUCCAGGCCAGAUCCUGCCAGCAGGCGGGCUGCUGUCCAGUUGGGUGGGAGCACUUCUGGCAGAAAUGCCUGUGGAUUUCACUAUAUUCAAAGAACUGGGAAGACAGCAAGACAGACUGUGAAAAGAUGUCAUCUCAGCUUGUUGUUUUGAAAGAAUCCUGGGAGGCAAGCAACCUCUGGGAUGCCAUCCUGUCAAAGCUUUCUUGGGAACAAUUUUGGGUUGGCCUUUCAUCAGAUGGACAGUGGUUGUCUCUGGCUGAUGGAUCAUCUGUUGAUAGCACUGAUGUCCGGGGCAAUGUUUUCUAUGGGAUCCUGAGUAAUGGAGCCAUAUCAAGAAAGUACAGCGGAGCGUAUUGUCGGUACAUCUGUGAGAAGGCGGCCAGGCCCACACUGUCAGGGGCUUUGGUUUCCUGAAUGAAUUGACCCUGGCACAUCUCAAACCUGCACCUUCUGGGAGGUUCCCUGGAAUGUCCACACUGCGUGCAAAAAGGGUGGAUGCGUUCUUUUAUCCUUGUUAACCACCUCAAAAUGUCCUACCUCUUAGACCAGUGCGGCCAUGGAACCAAUUGCCUUGAGGGGUGUUGAGCCCCCUCCCCCCCCCACGGCUGGAGGCCUG